AUGUCAGUGGCUCAGUAUGAGGAGGAGUUCACCUCCCUAGCACGCUUUGCCCCCGAGUUAGUAGACACUGAUGAGAAGAAAGCGACCAAGUUCUUGAGAGGGUUACGAGUGGAGAUUCGAUUUCAGCUGGCAGGUGCGCAGUUCACUGACUAUUCUACACUGGUACAUCGGGCAUACAUCAUUGAGAGGGAGAGGAGCGAGCUGAGAGCAGCCCUGACAGCUACUAGGGGGUCAGGCUCAGCCCAGGGACAGGGCAAUGACAGGAAGAGGAAGGGUGCACCAGGGCCUUCGAGAGGCACGCCAGACAUCCCCCCAUGCAAGACAUGUGGAAAGAGGCAUCGUGACCCAUGCCGCUAUGACAGAGGGGUGACAUGUUACACUUGUGGUCAGGCGGGGCACGUACAGAGGGACUGCCCUCAGGGGUCAGGUAGAGCAAGCAGCCAGGAGGUGACAUGUUUUAAAUGUGGGCGCAAGGGCCAUAAGGCCAACGUUUGUUCAGUGCCACCCCAACGAGGAGGCCAAAGGCCGGGGUAUCAGAGUGAUAGAUCUGGGCAGAGGCAGUCAGUGCCUAGACUUCAGGGGAUGGCACCAUCAUUGGCACUACCAUCAGGACUGUAA